AUGGGGCUCAUUUGUAAGAGCCGUCUCCGCUCCGACGGAUCACGGUCUCAAAAUCUGCCCCCCUCCUACCCCUUCUGCCCCUCCACCCCUUUCUCCGCACACCCCUCCCCGCGGACACUCGACAUUGUUACGAGUAACGAGCUUAAUUGUGGCAGAGGCAUACUAUUGUACAGGCGCGUUGAGAGGCGGCCGUUCAAGGUCGCCGAUGUUCGCGGCCUAGCGCGAGUGUACCACGGGGCUCGUAUGUACCGCAGUGCGGCGGGCUGCGGUAGGUAUGCGCCGGCCUGCGGACCGCGGGAUUUGGGCCCGUACUUGGCCGGCGCGGACACCGAAGGAGACUUUAAUGAGGCGAUUCAUGAGUCGAUA